UUAGUAUGCCGAUGUGUUUCCUUCCAUCAUGUGUGUGCUUGCUUGUUGUACAAUACUGAGAUACACAUCCUAUUAGUUUCCCCUUCCCACAUCGCCCGCCUCUUACAGACCAACUUCUCGCGCCGCAGCGCCUCGCAAUGCCCGCCCACCUCGCCUGCCUGAUUUCCUCGCCCGUUCGCUCGGUUAACGCUCCGCUCCGCUCCGCGCUGAUUUGGCCUCGCUCGCUUCAUCCAUUCGCGAGAGCAUCCCUAGCAGCGAAGGUGGCGCCGCCGCAGCAGCCCCAUCGCCCGCCCUUACGUAGGCCCACGCAGCCAGUCCAGAGCAGCACAAAGCCUCGCGGAGCCAAACUAGGCAGGAGGAAUCUAAGGCUCGAAGCAGCGCGGGGGCCGCCUCGACGCAGACGCCGGGGCGAGAAAGUGGCACGCCUACUCGCGGGGGUGGGGGCCAGAUCGGAACCACAAAGCAAGAGUGCUGUCGACGGACAAAGCAAAAACGAUAAAGGAAAGUGGACCAACCCAUAGUGACGGAUUCGUUCGUGCGCCAUUGGCUGCUGCCUUUGUACACUGGAAGCGAUUGGUCAAUUGAG